AACUGACAGACAUGUACAGUAGCCCUGUUUAUUGUCUUUCACCACCUUCAAAUGCUAUAUGUAAAACUUCUUCUCUUUUUUUAAACAAGUUCUUUGGAAAUAAAUCACUUACAGUAAACUCCCAUUGCAGAAGACUGAUUGUUCAUGACGCUUGUUUUACUGUGUUAUACUGUAUGUCACGUGAAACUAGCUGGACACACCCGUAAAAUGCUGCAUGUACUUCGUAUAAGUGUGAGCAGACAACCAGCCAAAGUACAGUCCAUAAAUUGCUGUGCACCACAGGCUAACAAGGUAAAAUGGAGAUGCCACUGGUGCUUCUUCUGGUGAUGAUGACAGCAUGUGCUGCCAUUCCUCAAGAUCUGUCAGGUAAAAUGUUCACCUUCCCAGAAGAAACCAACACAGCUCACGUUAAACUGACUUUAUCAAGGCAGAGUUUAGGAGCUGUCACUGUGUGUCUCAGGUUCUUCACAGACCUCAAUAGGGACUACCCCUUUUUCUCUGUGGCCACACCUUCUGCUGAUAAUGCCUUUCUGAUUUUUAAGACGAAAAAUAAUCUUUCUCUCUGGGCCAAGGAUAAAUACGCAGAAUUUGCAGGACAUGAGAACAAGCUGAAUGUGUGGCAUUCUGUUUGUGCCACGUGGGAUGCUGCAUCUGGAAUAGGACAGGUGUGGCUGGAUGGAAAGCCUUCAAGUAGGAAAUUCAUCAGCGAUGGGUCCAUCAGCGGGGUUAUGAUAGGUGUUUUAGGACAGGAGCAGGAUAAACACGGUGGAGGGUUUGACAUGCAACAGUCAUUCGUUGGCAUGAUGUCUGAUGUCCACAUGUGGGACUACGUCCUUCAACCCAAAGAGAUGCUGAAAUAUGCUAAUCAUUUCAGCUACACUGUGGGGAAUGUUCUCAACUGGGAGGCACUGGACUUUCAGAUUGUUGGCAGAGUGCUGAUAGAAGGGAAACAGUGAACACAUCGGUAACCAUUUAAAGCAGCAUCUCUUUCAUGUCUUUGAAAGUUAAAUGUCAUUAAGCAUUAAUAUUGCAAUUACUGUAUGUGUCAUAUAACUGGGACAGUCUCAUAUACUGUAUCUCCUAUAUGACAAAUGAUGUAUUACAUAUAUGUAUAACUUAUGAAAGCCUUGAUGAUUAUGAAGAUUCUGCAUUAGUUUAGUGAUUUUAGCCUCUGAAGUCUCUGUGGGGUCCAGGAAGCCUUGAUUCUCUAUAGUUAUAGCUUCUAUUGUUCAGACACCAACAUUGACUUUUAUUAUCUGCCUCUUUUUUAAUUCUAUAAGGAAAAGAGAUUUUUUUUUAACUUUGAGUAGAGUAAAAUUAAGUUUGUGGGUUCACGUUUGGUUUUCCACAUAAAAGGCUAAAACUAAAUCAUAUAAAACCACUGGUUUUGUUUGGUUUAUCGUCAAUCUAUAACUGCAAUAAUUACUAAAUGUCCUAAUAGCCACUAGCAGCCAUUAAUCCAGACAGGGCUUUAUGGAUUAAUGACUUAUGUUGUAUCAGGCCUGAUAUGAGGUCAAUGAAUUCAAGCCCAGUGCCUGGAUUCUAAGACUGCUGUCAUGUGGCCACUGCGUAUGCCUCUGCCUUUAUGGCUUCCUCAUUGUUUUCUACAUUUUAUUGCUCCAUUCUUUCUGCUAAGCUGUUUUAUCUGUGGCUUAGUGCUCUCAUUUAUGGACAUUCACUGCUAUUUGUUAUGUGCCAUAAACAAGUAAAGCCACCAACUUUAAUAACCUCUGCACAACCAGAUUUUUUAUGACGAUAAAAACUGCAGAUAUAAAGUGAAAAUUAUGCUCAAGAAAUAAAAUCUAUUUAUGAUAACACACUCAUAAUGUUAAAAGGGAUGUUGUUUACUCAUUUUACAUUUCCAUUGUCCCAUGACAUACAACCCAGUGUUUAAUAUGCUAAUCCUUAUAAUUGCAGGUCUUUGUGUCGUGUUGUUUUUUUCUGU